AUGGGGACAGAGCGAGCGCGGCUGGAGGAGGGAGGAGACUGGAGGCGGGAGGUGGAGGAAGAGGGAGGCGGGGCGGGGCGAGCGACCAAGGGUGGGUGGAAGGUGCGCCUCGCCGGAGGACCUACGGGCCGCAGCCUCCCCGCGCCCAGCUUAGCCCUGGAGCCCCUACCCCUUUUCCUCCCAGCCUCCGCGCAGCGGGAGGUCAGAGAGAUCUGGCGUCUGGAGUCUUCGGGAUUCUGGGGACAUGGCUUGCAGAAGUGGAAGGUGGUGAUCACGGAUCUCCAGGCAUUCCUACCGUGCUCAUGUUUCCACUCGGAACUGGUGUCUCACUGCCUCCCGCUUGAGAAAAAAUGUAAGUCACUACGUGGGAACUCAUCCCCAACCUGUACCUUUACCUGGGCUCCACUGCUGCUUGCAGGGCAAGUCCUCUGCUUGUGCUCUGGACCCAAACCCUUUCAUGUCCCCCAGAACUCUGUCCUUUCAGCUCUCCCCUCUCCUCCUGUCACUGUUCCCACUCUACAGGGUCAGCAGAAUUCCUUAGAAAGCCCUCUGUGUCCCCACCCUGCAGCUGCCACUUUCAACUGUUUGCCCCUCACUGCCUCAAAUCCGUUGGUCAGGCACCUGCACCCCAUCGUCCACUCAAUCUACUCCUGGUGGGCCAUUCAUGACUCCAUGCCACCAAGUGUGUCCUCCUCUUACCCAGUUUCUCAGCAACAUUUUAAACAAGGGGCUGCUCCCUUCCCUUGGGACACUGCAGGUUCUCUUUGCAAGCUACUCCUCAGCCUCCUGUUCUCCCAAACUUUAAACCUGCGGUUCUCGCUGAGUGAUUUUUGCCCCACUCUCCUCCACGAGGCUUUUGGCAACACCCAGACACAGUCCCGACAGUCACAACUGGAGAGAGGGGGCUGGUAAACCUCUUACAAUGCACAGGGCGGCCCC